AUGACGCACGAGUUUCGCUCACUGUUUCUCCCUCUCGCAGAGGAGGAGCAGGCCGUCUUUGCGGAUUUCUUCCCGACUCUUGUGGCCUCGAGCACCUCCAUCCAAGACGGCGCGGCAGGGGAUCCCUCGUUGCAGGCGCCGGCCUCAGCAGUACUCGACCCAUCUAACUCCGCCUGGGCGACCUCCUCCCACUCCUCUGGGGAGUAUGGCAACCCACCCGAGGCUGGGCGCGGGGCCGCAACGGACGCCCAGACUCGGUGCGGUGCACCCUUACGCUCUCUUGUGUUCGCCAUUGGAAGCGCCAGAGCCGACGCGGUCAUCGUUGUCUUGCGCAGGGGCGACGUCGUCCUCUACGGACUCGACCGACUGCACACGCCACCUUACGAGAAGUGCCGCAUCCGGCCCCUCCCUACAACGCAACAGCUAAUGGCGGCGCGCGAGAACGCCCGCAGGUGCAGUAAUGCUGACGGGGCAGCGAGUGCCAGAAGCCGAGCGGAUAUCAGCGGCAGCGGGGGUCUCGCCGGCUCUCGCAGCGUCGGUAACGGCGGGGCGGAGGCGACCUGUGCAACGCUGCUGCCGUUGCACAUCGCCUAUUGCUGCCGUAUUCCCCUCUCCGCCUCCCUCACCUCCGCCACGCCGCCGUCUGGGGGACCGCGCCGCGGCGGCGGUUCACGCGAGGAAAAAGACGAGGACGUCAUGUACCUCCGCGGCAUCGUGGGCAGCAGCGAUGGUCGUGUCAGCCUCUUCUCCGACACGUCCUACACGCUAAGCUUCGCGGCGCAUGACAUCCCAGUCGCGCAGGUGGACGCGGUUCUACUGCCGCCCUGCACACUGGAUGGGUGCGUGUCAACGAAUGCCACCCCUACAACCUCAGCGCGUGGCGCCAACACCCACGCGGUACCUUCUGGUGAGCCGGGGUCCCCUACGUCACCGCAGCGGCAAGAGCGCUUGGCGCGCGCCACGCAGCGCCUUGGCCUUGUCACCAGCGGCACCGACGGCGUGGUGCUCCUCUGGCGGCGUCUGGGAAACUCGAUGAGCCCCAUUGUGGUGGUCCGUUCCUCCACCUUCUCCAGUCGCGUCGCCUACGCCGUGCACCACCCCUCCGCCCUGUCGGCACUGCUGUCGUCGCGGGCGCCGGCAUCCCAGCUCGAGGCCGCCACCGAUGCCGAGCUGUCGUGCCCGCCGUCGUGUCUGCUGCACGCCGCGACCUCCACAAGCCAUACCCUGCGUGUUCGACAGCUCGCCUCCAUCUCGCCAAACCCGACAGGCACGUCCCUGUCCUCGGCCGCACGUCGCGAGUCGGUGGAGGAGGCAGCCCCCACCUCCAUGAGCGUCGCACUGCCGGGCUCGUGGUCGGCGACCGUGACCGCGAUCGCCACGCACGACAGCGUCACCCUCGUCGCCAUGGGUGCGUCCCUGCUCUCCCUCGUCAAAUUGAGCCCGCGCUCUGCUGCGCGUGUGUGGAAGGCAGCGGAGAGCAUCACGCAGCUCGUGCUGGUUGACACCGUGGCGCUGGCCGUGUGUGCUCGCAGUGGCACCGUCCAUGUACUCACUAUCCACCCCGACACCGGACAGGUCGUGCGCCAGCGCGUCUAUUACAGCUACAAAAACCGCGCCAUCCACCACACCAGCCUGCAUGUGGGGUCGCUCCUCAUGACGAUCGUUGACGUCUGCGGAUCGACGGAGCUCGUCCAGCUGCCAGUGGAUGUGCUGCUACCGUGCGACGUGCGACCGCUCCGUGGCGAGUAUACAUGCGGCGACGCGGCACACGUGAACCUACUCGCCUCGAUGGCCGCUCUGCGGGCGAAGGUGUGCAUUGAAGCCGUCAAGGGUGGCAGCGACGGUGGUGUCCGUGGGAGUGUUACAGCGAACGAGGUGGAGGUGAUCGGAGGGGCCUCCUCCAUGUACGAGGCGAACACCGCAUUGGAUCAGCUGAAUGAACGGCUGCUGCUCGCGCGCUACGCGGUGCCGGAGGAGUGCGACAAGUUCAUGAGCGCCAACGCGCACGUCUUCUGA